UUCACCAGCACCUUCUCUACUGAUUUCAUCACCUCAACUGGAGAGGAUGGCAAGGAAACCAUCGAAACGAUCUAUUACGUAGAGACGCCAAUCGUGGAUGUAACUUCGGGUACAACGAUUCCAUGGACGGGCUCUUUCACCAGCACCUUCUCUACUGAUUUCAUCACCUCAACUGGAGCGGACGGCAAGGAGACAGUUGACACUGUUUACUACGUCGAGACCCCAAUUGUGGAUGUCACAUCUGCCACCACGAUUCCAUGGACGGGCUCUUUCACUAGCACUUUCUCUAUUGAUUUAGUCACGUCGACCGGCGAUGAUGGAAAAGAAACCGUUGAAACGAUUUUCUACGUUGAAACUCCAUCUCCUAGUUUGUCUUCUAGGAACAUUUCGUUAUCAUCCGGGUCAACGUUAAGUCUCUUGAGUAAUAGUAGUUCACCUACUAUGACCACGAGCUCCCUGUUCGCUUUUAACUCGAGUGUUUCAAAUUCAUACCCGGUUUCUGAAUUGAAUAAAACAGAUGCAGGGUUUACUACGCUUGCUCCAGGUGGGAUAACUACAGUGAUACCCGCUUCUUCUCCGACUUUAUCGCUGUCUUCCAUAACCGAUAAUGGGCACGCAUCAUCUAAUUUCUCAAGUGGGUCAUGGUCUAUGACUUCCAGCAUUUCAGGAUUGGCUUCUUCUCAAGGUUCAAACUCGACACUCAUUUUGUCGACAUCUCCUGACUCGUCCUCAAAUAGCUCAUUUGUGUCACAAUUUAGUUCCGUCAACUUUUCAAUGACAACUGAACCAUCUACAUCCACUGGAACUGUCAGUGAAUUGACUGCUACCGAAAGCAAUGGAAAUACCUCCAUGAGCAAUCAAGCGUCCGGAACUACAAACGGAACGUCUACUCUUUUCAAUGCUACGGAAUCAUCAGUGUAUAAUAGUGCCACUGGUGUGACUAAUUCUAUUGCAAUAACCACGAAUUCGAGCGGUUUUACAACGUCAUAUUCAGGACAGCACUCAAGUUUAGCGGGAAGUUCCGUGGAGUCAAACAAUACAGCUUUCAAUAGCUCAGUACCAUCAUCUACUACUGAUAGCGGAUUUGCAACAAGUAACAUUUCUGAAUCAAUCUCAAGUACCACUUUGCCCUCCGACUUCAACAGUACCGAGUUUAUAGCAAGCUCGACAACAUUAAUGAGUCAGGCUAUUACGUCAAUGGGGUCAAGUUUCACUGCGAACAGCACUAUCCCUGAUUCUACAUAUACAAUCGAUCCCGUCACAUCGUCGGGGUCUAUCGUGACAUCCUCUGAACCGACUGAGUUUACCACGGUUGAUGCGGGUACAACUGUUAGCAGCCUAAGUCAAGGCUCAUCUGCGUCUUCCUCGUCCGAGUUACAGGGUGAUAGCAGCUUCGCCGCUACCACGGAUCCGACCUAUUCAGUUGACCCAGCGACUUCUUCUGGGUCUGCAGGACUGCCUUCGGGCCAGACAAGCUUCACAACAUCCGAUGCUAGCGGAGGUGUUAUUAGUAGUACAAUCGAAUCCACCGAUCUAUCAUUAUCCUCGACUUUUGGUGAUGACGUCACUCAGAGCUCAGAACAAACCAUUUCAGGCAGUACCGCAGCUGCAAGUACUGAUAGUUCAACCAUAGCAAGCACCAGUGAAGGUUAUGCUGGUAAUUUACCUAGUCAAACGCCUGGUACUGAUUAUCAAUCAUCGAACAGUUUAUACUCCGACUUGUUCCCGUCUUCUGGUAGUCAAUCAACUGGCAAAGAUAGUUCGAUAGAGCCAACAACCAGUAAGCCUGGCUUCACCACGGUUGCACCAGGACAAUUCACGACAAUCUUUAGCUCGGCGGCUUCAUAUUCCUCAGACCUUUCGGCACAAACAACACCUCCAUCCUAUGCCCGUGAUGACAGCUCAUCAAGUAUUUCAUCCACAGCUACUAGCACCGAUCAGGAGUCGUAUUCAUCCGAUGUAAUAAUUACGUCCGUAUCUGUCAGCGAACUUGACCCUCCAUUUCCCUCAAGCAGUGGAGAACCCAAUGAUGUGAUAACGCAAGAUUCUUUUUCGUCUAUGGGUGAAUCGUAUUGGACAACUGUAUCAUGGACAGGUUCUUUCACCAGCACUUUCUCCACUGAGGUUCUCACAUUCACUGAGCCUGACGGCAGUGAAUCAGACAAAACAAUUUAUUACGUCGAGACCCCAAGUCCAGUGCCGUCUUCGUCGCUCACUAAUACUGAUUAUUCAGAUAGCCUUACCUUCACAUCCUCGUUCUCAAGUCAAAGCAGUUACAACCCAACUGCACCCUACUUCUCCAAUGGCACUUCCAGUGAUUCGACCCAAAGUUAUGUUCUCACCUCCUCUACUCUCUCGAAUUCAAUUUCUUCCUCUGAUCAAGAAUACUCAUCUCAAACCCUAGAUGUAAUAUCCACAUCUUCAACAGGCAUCUCAUCAGGUGAAUCAAUGAUGACAUCAAACAAUGAUCAAAGUACUCUUUCUGUGAAUCCAAGCUCUUUGUCGAAUACGCAAAUAAUGCAAUCUUCAGAAAUCACUUCGUCUCCUCACUCAUUAGGGCCCGGUAUCACUGCUGACUUGACCAAAAGUGAUCCGAGCAGUAAAGACAUUAGUUCCACAGGUUCUUUUGCUAGUGUUUCCUUUACCUCGCUAAUUGAUCAAUCCUCAGGAAUAUGGGCUAGUGAAACCCCGUCUUUGACGUCAGCCUCAUCGAUAAGCACUACUGUUUCCCAGCUCUGUGUUGUAGCAAACAACAACGAGGUAACACAAACUGUCAAGAGCUAUGUACCUGUUUACAACACAGACGGCAGUAUCAUAUCAUGGAGUUACGCUGACACAAGUGUUGUGUACACACAAACAUCCUGUGUGAGCUAUAGUGAGGUUACUUUGACCAGUUUGACCAAUAGUGAUACUCGUGGUUUCCCCGACGUAAUUUUCACGACAACUAUUAAUAUCACGAAUGUACACACUUCGACGGUUUAUGUCACUCAAACUUCAACGGAUACUCAGACGUAUUAUAUUACCAAUGGUUUCACGUACACGGUUGUUAAUGACACGGCUGCUAUAUCUGAUUCUUCUACUUUAUAUGCAACGACCGUGGACAGUAAAAGUAUCACAAUCCCACUACCUACUAUUGCUCCAGUAACUUCCACGUCCACAACUUCGGUAGCUGUAAGCUCAUAUCCAUCCGAUGCAAGUUCUAUUCUCAGUACCGAAGCAACCAUCUCAAGUUCUAUUGCCAUAUCAAAAACUGCGGACUCCAUGAAAUCUAACAGUGAGGACCUGGCGUCAAGUAAAACGAUAAGUGGUACACAAUCUGAAAACUCGUCCAGUGGAACUUUACCGAUUGCGCCAUCUAGCACUGCGCUUUCGGCUCAGGCACAUAGCAGUGAUUCAUUAACUGGCAAAGAGUUUUCUAGCACUCUUCCAUUCGAAUCUGACCCUGAAAGCUCUCAAGAGAGUAUGGCUUCUACUCCGUCGACUACCAGAGCUUCAAUCAUUACUACUAGCUCACCUUUGCUAAAUGAUGAUGGAGUCACCACUGGUUAUUCGACUUAUCUGUUAUCAACUGGAGAUAGUACGUCUGCAUCCACCAUUUUCAGCUCGGAAAUUCCCACUAAAACGUCAUUCGUUGCAUCGACUGUAGAAAUACCGUUGACUGAUAGUGACGGGUCAACGACUUCUAUAUCUACACAAAGCGUCGCUCUAUUUAACACCACAGAGGCUUUGAUAGGACCCGAUGGCUCUACAAGUAGCUAUACUACUUAUGUGACAAGCCUACCGCUGAUCACAUCUCAUCUCUCCACGUCAGUUCCCCUUUUGGACUCUCAAGGUUCAACUACAAGUUGGUCUUCUACAACCAUACCUGCUGUAGGAUUGCAGGACGGCAAUGGAUCUUUCAGUACUAUUGUACCGAUUCAAAUAAACACCGGGGCUGCAGCAAGUUACCAACCACUAGGUGGUUAUACUAGAGGCUUUUUCGUUUCAUUGUUUGCUAUUGUUCUUUCAACUGUAUUAUGA